AUGCAAAUUAAUCCAUUGGAAAGGUCAUCCUCUGUGCAAACCAAAAUAUUCCCAAGAACGUCAACAGUUUUAAGUCUAGAAAAAAAUGAACAUUUCUUAGAUGCACAUAAUGAAGGCUUUUUAAUUUUAUCUUAUUGUUUUGCCAUAUCCCUCUUUAUGUAUAUUGUACUUAAAAAUUUUUAUUAUUUGCACAUUUUUAAGAGGACACGAAUAAAAAUCAUCGAAUCUAUAAAUAAUGAUGACAAUAUAGAAAAUGAAAUAGAAGAGAUUAAAAAAGUAAAAAAUUUAAUUACGGAACAAGUAAUAGUUGAAUUAAGAGCAAAAAGUAUUAUUUCAAAAGGAGAAACAAGAAAACAUUUAGAAACUGAUUUAUCACAUAAUGCCAUAAAAGAAGAUAUCAACUUAAAAGAAAAUGAAAUAGAAAUGUCGCACGUACAAGCCCUAGAACAUUUAAUUCAACAUAAUUUAUUAACAGAAAUUCUUGACACAAAAGAAAAAAAUUCUGAAUUUUUUAUAAAAUUCUUACAACAACUUAUGAUAAUAGAAACAAAUAAAAAACAAUAUUCUAACAAUAUAUUAUUAAAAGAUCUAAUAGAUUAUAUAAUAAAUAUAGGAAAAAAACAAAUGCAAAAAUCAAAUACACAAUUGUCUCAAAAUUAUUCACAAAAUUAUAUAUCCUCAAAUGAAAAUGAUAUAUAUAUAUUUCAAAUUCAAGUUAUAAAAGAAUUAAUGAAAAAUAAUAUUAUCAAAACACAUACAAAUGAUGGAAAACAAUUAGACCAUGAUAUAAUAACAAAAAUAUUAGAAGAAAGUUUAAUAUCACAAGCAAAUGUAGUCAAUUAUUUUUAUAUAGAAAUGAUAAAAAAAAUAUUAGGAAAAGAUUAUAAUGAACUAAAAAAAUUACGUUAUACUCAUGAUGAUAUGUUUUUACAAAAAUAUGAAAAAGAAUUAAUCAAAAAAAAAUUAACACAAUUUGCAUAUAAAAAUAUUAAGACAACAGAAAAUAAUAAAUAUUUACAAGAUAAAACAGUUGAUAAACAUAUAGAUAAAAACCAAAUUGAAAAAAAUGAAAAUACAACAAAUUUAAUAGAAAAAGAACAGAAAUUUGAAAAAACUAAUAAAUUGGAUCACAAUGAAAUGAUACAAAAUAAUAUAUCCUUACACAAUGAAACAAAUCAAACGAAUGAAAGCAGUGAAACCAAGAAAAAUAUAAUACAAUAUAAUGAUCACUUAGAGAAUCCUGAAGAAGAAGAAAAAAAAAAUGAAGAAGUAGAAAUCCAGAAUCAACAUAAAAAAGAAGAAAACAAUUCUAAUGAUAAUAAAAAUGUAAAGAAACAUUCAAACAAAUCAUGUAAAAAUUUUAAAAGAAAACAUAUACAAAAAGAGGAUAUAAGGCAUCUCUAUCAAAUUGACAAAUUGCAACAUAAAAUUUUAAAAAAUUUAAUGGGACAAAAUUAUACUGAAUCAGAUAUUAACAAUAAUGAUAAAGAACAAGUAGAAAAUCAAUCAAGUGAUAUACAAAAUGAAAAAUCAAAUAUAUCAAACGAACAAGAGAAAACAAGAAAAACAAACAAUGAAGAAAAACAAAGAGAAGUAAUUAUAGACCAAGAUAAUACGCCCUUAAAUAUAUAUGGUAUAAAUAAUCAGAGCAUACAAAAUCAUAAUGAUAAAAAUAUUAAAGAAAAAUUAGAAGAAGAAAAUAUUUUAACAAAUAAUAUUGUAAAACCAGAAGGAAGUAUGUCGUCCGAAGCUAGUAAUUCAUCGUAUGAAUCUACAAAUCUGGAUGGAAGUAUGACUGCAGAAGGUAGCUAUACAUCGUAUGAAUCUACAAAUCCCGAGGGAAGUAUGACUGCAGAAGGUAGCUAUUCAUCAUAUGAAUCUAUAAAAGAAGAAGAAAAUAUGACAUCACAAAAUAAUUAUUCAUCAUAUGGAUGUAAUAGCAGUGAAGAAUAUAAAAACAAUAUCGAUAAAAUUAAAAUGUAUGAUGAAAUAAUAAAAAAUGGAUUAAUAGAUAGAGUAACUAAACCUAGAAAUUUUAAAAAGGAAACUGAAAAUAAGACGCAUUAUAAUAUUUUUAAAAAUAAAGAAAAUAAAUCAUAUGUAACAAAUUGGAAUAAUGAAAAAUUCGAUAUAAAGGAACUUGAAAAUAAAUCAAAACAAGAAUUAGAACAAUGGAAAAAUAAACAAUGGGAUGAUUGGAAGGUUUAUUUGGAAAAACAAUGGAAAGUAUGGCUAGAAUUAAGUGAAAAUGAUAAAAUCGAAUGGUUAGAAGAAAAAGAAAGGGAAUUCAGAAGUUUUAUAAAAGAUAUUUAUAAUAUAUGGUUUAUGUGGUUAGCAAAAGUGAAAAAUGAACGUAGUGGUGAACAAAAACCAUGGAUGACAUGGAAUGAACAAGAAUGGCAAAAAUUUUUUGACACAAGAUUUAAAAAGCAAUUUUUAGAUGAAUGGAAUGAUAUGUUAAUUUAUAUGGAUAAAAUUUUAAGUACAAGAAAAUUUACAUUAUGGAAUAAAUGGAAAGGAAAAAAACUCACACAAUGGUUAAUGCAAGAAUGGAAACUUCAGGAAGAUGAUAUAUGGGAAGAAUGGGAAGCAAAAGGUUGGGUAAAACAUUUUAAUAGGAAAAAAAAGAAUGAAUGGAAAAAAUGGAGAAAUAGAAAUAUAAAAGAAAAUAUGGAAUGGAAAGAAUGGAUACAUAAUAAAGGUCAAAGUGCUAAUGUUUCAGAUUUUACCUAUUGGGAAAAAUGGAAAGAAAAUAGAACUAACGAAUUAAAGGAAUGGAUAGAUGCACUGAUAAAAAAAUGGAUGCUUGAAGGAAAAUGGAAGGAAUUAGUAAUAAACCAAGACCAAUGUAAUAUAUAA